AUGGAUGGAUUUGGCGAUGCGCUGUUGGGCACGGUGCUGCUUGCGCAGUUGCCAGUGCAGCCACCCGAGGUCCUUUUCUUCGUACCAGGCGAUGACGAGGAGCAGGAGGAUGCGCCCGACGACGAAGAGGGGGUUGAGGACGACUUCGAACCCGAAUCCUCGCGGGACGACUUCUCCAUCCUGCGCUCUCGGAACAUGGGUGCGCCUGUGAUGUCUUCGGCGGAGGAUCUGAACAGACACAGCCUUCAAUACUUUGGUGUUCCGAGCACCACGCUGGCAAAACUCAUGAUCCCAAUGUCAGAGGGGCAAAUUUGCAACCAGCUGACGAUUUCUGAAGUCGAUGCUGGCAAAUUUGAAUACGCCCAUCGGCACAACACGAAGGAGAACCACGACCACCUGCUCUUCGUGUCCCAUCCAUGUGGCUUCGCGAAGAUUGCGGACCGAAAUCCAGAGACCUGGAAGAACAAGCUGCCAAAAAGUCAGCUCGUUCAGUGUUUCAACAUUGUGCACGUCCUGGACUCGAAGAUCGUAAGCCGUUUAGAAGCUCGGGUUCGCGUCCUCGGCGAGGCGACGCAGCUCGUGCAGGAACAACUCUGCCGCGAAGAGAUACAGACAGGCACCUGUUAUCUAGGGAUUUUGGGGGUCUGGUAG